AAAAAAGUACAGCAGAACAAGAAACUAGUGAUAUAUUUAGACAACAAAUAGAAGAUUUGAUCAAAGAAAAUGAGGAAUUAAAAACAAAAAAUAAAAAAUUAUCAGAAUUAAAAAAAAUAAAUAAUGUACAAAAUUUAUUGUUAAGAGAUGCAAUUGAUAAAACUGAGUUUUACAAAGCUAGAAAUUUUCAAGAAUUUGAUGCUUUUAUUUAUAAUUAUAUAUUUGAAUUAUUUGAUUGG